AUGUCUUUUGUUCUCGGCGGUGGCUCCAACCCGGCUUUCGGCCGUGAUCCCGGCCCUCCCCCUCCCCGCACUCCUCGUCCCGGCGCCUUCCCUCCCGGUUCUGUUCCGAACCCAGCUGCUGUCCCGCGAGUCAUUCCCGGAAUGCCGGCUCCCGCUUCCGCUUAUGGCUUCGCUCAACAGCCCGCUGCACCUGCGGCUUCCCCUUAUUACUACGCCCAGGCCCCGGCGCCGGCUGCUCCUGCUGCUCCCGCCUGGGGCAGCGCCAUGGCCGCUACCCCCAGUCUCUUCCCUCAACCUUACCAGUACAUCUCCGGCUUAGGCGGCAGCGGCCGCACUCCCCAGCCCUACCCCGUCAUCAACCCCAACAUGCCGGCGGCCAACAUGAUGAACAGCACCGGCGGCGUCGGCUGCGAACCCGGUUACAACUAUUUCUUCCCGCCCGAGCACACGAAGAUCCACGUGUUCAAGUGCGGCGCUACGCCUCCCUGGCAUCAGCCGCCCAACGCCCGCUUGCCGUUUCACGCCUGUCAUGUUCCCGUCUCGACUACCGUCCAGGAACUCAUGUAUGGGUUUGGCGCGACUAAUCCGAGCAAGAAGAAGAACAAGCUGUUUGAGGUGGUGCAAGGUGGCAAUGGACGCUGGUAUCGUGGUUUGGCGUUCAGGGGCGAUGAUAAGGAGUUGUUGCAGAAGACUUGCAAAGAUUUGGGAUGGGAUAAGAGCAGAAGUGGAUUGCCGGGACAGAAGCCGGUGGUUUAUCUUUACGUUACCAAGGACUGA